GCAUCAGUUUGCCUUUGACCUGGCUCGACCCAACUUAAUCCGUUCGAUCGUAAAGUCACAGCGCUAAUAACUUAGAACCAUGCACAAGUCUUUGUUACUCAUCUCGAUGCUGGCUGUGAUUCACCUGGCCAGCUCAUCGGCAACAAUGCAACAAAGAAUCUUGUGCAGUGAAAAGCUGAACGAAAUGAUGGGCAUGGUUUGUGAAGAAUUCAAUACUAUAACCGAAAAUAAACGCUCCAUGCGCGGCGAUGAUUCGAUUGCCUUGUCUCCACUAGAAUUCAUUCAGGAGUUUGAGGAGGAGGUGGAGGAUAACUCUAUUUCAGAACCACUGCAAAACAGAAUCUUCCGUGGCAAUAGUUUGGGGAGCGUUCUCAAUUCCCUGACUGAAACUCAGCGGCGAACUCGUCAACGGAUGGGCAUUGUGGAUAGAUGCUGCAGAAAUAAAUGUCACAUCUCGGUCCUCCUGGAGUACUGCGCUGUUCCCAGAAACUAAAACUCCAGAUUCGACACGAAAACACGUCCUGACAACUGUUCCACUUUAACCAAUUGCCUCUGUAUCCGGUUUCAGACCAACCAUGUGCAUAUAUACUACUAGCCAUGUUUUUAAUAGCUUGUUGCAUGUUAAAAUUUAUGAAGAUUAUAUUUAUUCUGCUUUUGGCUUUGACAAACAUUAGCAAAGGUU